AUGCAUUCGAAUGAGCCCAAACAAGCCAUCCUUGACCGUGCCAGAUCGCGAACGGUGAUCAUCACAGGAGCCGGGGGAGGUAUCGGUGCGGCAACGGCCAAGGAGUUUAACAACCACGGUGCCAAAGUGGUCCUUGCAGAUAUACCAGCCCUCGAGAGCAAUGCCCAAGACCUGAUUGUUUCGUUUCCAUAUCCUGAUAAUGCUGUAUUUAUUGCAGUCGAUAUACGGGACUGGCAGCAAAUGCAACGUCUGUUCAAGCAAACAAUUCAGACAUUCGGUAGUCUAGACACCGUUGUGGCCAAUGCCGGCGUGAUGGAAUCAGAACAUGUUUUAGAUGUGGGGGACGUGGAUCGCGAGGGAAACCUGCGCGAGUCACAAGAAGCAUCGAGGGUCAUCGAUAUUAAUAUCAAGGGAACUUUAAAUACAUUGCGGCUUGCCAUGCACCAUAUGCGAUUACCAUCGAACCUGCAGAAGGGCCAACCGUCGAUUGUUCUAGUGGCAUCUACAUCGGGAUACUUUGGAGGGACCGGGGUCGCAGCGUACAUCGCUUCCAAGCACGCUGUGGUUGGACUAUUGAGAGCAUCCCAACUAGCUGCAAAACGGUAUAACAUUUCCAUCACCGCCGUCGCCCCCUUCUUCACACCAACAGCGAUAACCUCCGGCCUAACCGAGCGCUGGAAGGCGGCUGGAUUAGAAGCAAACACCCCAGAGAUGAUUGCUGGAAGGUUUCUGCGCGAGCUAGAGCUGACCAGGGGCGAUUUGAUCCCAGAGUGGCUAGGAGCGGAUGUGAAGGAGUUCAUGGACAGAGCUUUUAAUGUAAUUCAGGAUACAGGCGGCUAUGAACUGCCAAAGAUCAGGGCCAAAGCGUGA